AUGACUAGGAUGUUCGAACAGCAGAUGGGUAAGAACGUUGAAGUGUAUAUAGAUGACAUGGUGGUAAAGAGCAAAUUGGUGGCCGACCACAUCAGAGACCUCGGUGAAGUCUUUCAAAUUCUGAGAAAGUACAAGCUGCGACUGAACGCAUCCAAAUGUUCAUUUGGGGUGGGAUCAGGAAAAUUCUUAGGCUAUAUGGUGACCCACAGAGGAAUAGAAGUUAACCCUGACCAAAUAAGAGCCAUUCAUAGCUUGCAGCCUCCUCGGAAUCCCAAAGAGGUCCAGAAGCUUAUCGGCAUGAUAGCUGCUUUAAACCGUUUCAUCUCCCGCUCAGCGGACAGAUGCAGACCUUUCUUCCUCCUAUUGCACAAGUGGAAGGGCUUCGAGUGGACUGAGGAGUGUGCUUUAGCUUUCCAACAGCUCAAGGAAUACCUCGCCCGACCACCGAUUAUGUCCAGUCCUGAUGCCGACGAGGUGCUGUUCGCAUACAUCGCAGUAGCCUCUCAUGUGGUGAGCUUAGUGCUAAUCCGAGAAGACAACGACCUCAACAAACUUCCGUUGAAAUCCGUCCUCCGUAGCGCCGACUACACAGGCAGAAUUGCUAAGUGGGGAACGAUCCUGGGCGCCUUCGACAUUAGAUACAUGCCUCGCACCGCCAUAAAAGGUCAGGUCCUCGCCGAUCUAGUAGCUGAAUUUGCGGAGCCCACCCUAGAAGGAAUGGAAGUGUCAGGAUCACCAAGUGCUGCGAACCAAAGGGGCUCAGGCGUGGGGCUCGUUCUAGUCUCUCCCGAAGGGAUAACUAUAGAAAAGUCGUUGAGGCUCGGAUUCUCAGUCACGAAUAACGAAGCCGAGUAUGAGGCACUAUUGGAGGGGAUGUCAAUGAUUCGGAAAUUGGGUGGAAAAUACGUAAAUAUAUUCUCGGAUUCGAGGCUCAUCGUGGGACAAGUAAACGGGGAAUUGGGGGCGAAAGAUGAAAGAAUGAAAGAGUACCUGGCCCGGGCUAAGCACCUGCAGACCCAUUUCUACCACUUCCAUUUAACGCAUGUACCCAGGAGUGGGAACACCCAUGCUGAUUCUCUCGCAACGCUGACCACCUCUUUAGCUCAGCCCCUUCCGCAGGUCAUUUUAGUUGAAGAUCUCUGCCGCCCAACAAUAGAGAAGGCCAACGAAAUUCGGGUACACAACGUCGGGGCAGGACCUAGUUGGAUGGACCCUCUAGUGCUGUUCUUAAAGCACGACACCUUACCAGACGAUAAGGUUGAGGCCGACAAAAUCAGGAGGAAAGCUUCUUGA